AUGGGUAUCGGAAGGAUCAUAUCAUUUUUCUUAAUUCUAACAAUUACUGCUGCAAGAACUGCUGCUGCAACAACAACCACUGUACCAACAACAACUUUAGUGACUGCUGGAACAACAACAACAGCUGCCCUGACAACUACUGCUGCAACAAUAACUUUGGCAGCAAGAACAACAGAUGCCCCGACAAAUACUGUUGUAACAACAACAACAACUUCUCCAACAACAACUACUGCUACAACAAUAAUAGCUUCCCCGACAACUACUGUUGCAAUGACUGUGGGGGCAACUACAACAGCUGCCCCACAACUACGUGCUGCAACACAGACACUGCUCCAACACCUACAGUGCAACAAAACAGCGGCUCCACCAACACAACCACUGCUCAAAAAACAAAACGACGACUGUAGGGGCAAACAAACAACAGCCACUCCAUAA